GUAAAUAAGGCUUCUAAGCGGGCUAAAGAUCCUAGUACUAUUAAAAAUACGCUAGCUAUAUCUAGGCCGUCCUCUCCGCCGACGGCUCGCUUUAUAUUAAAAUAUUCUCGAGCUCGAAUAAUACUAAGUUCUAAACCCCUACCCGAUACUACCUCUAGUCUAUAUAACGGUUAUCCCCCUAUUAAAAUAUAUAUAUACGUCGGACGAGAAUACGUUACUAGUACGGCUAAAGGAAAAAGAGGCAAUAUUAUAGUCUAA